CCAUAGAAAAAAACAACAUAUUUGCCAAACUUCAAACGUUGUGAUCUACAAAAGAAACCUUACCAUCAAACACACAAUCUCUGUACCUUCAUAAUAAACCUUACUUUGAGAGUUGUAAUGGCUAGAUCAAAGUGUAUUUCGUAUGGUGGUUUAAUAGUUAAAAACCUUUACACUACACAAAUAUCAAGGUCUUCUCAAAACACACAAAUCCUCAAAGACAUGACUUGUUUUCGUAUGGAUGGAUCACAAUCACGAAGAGCAUUUUGCAAUAUCAGUGGCAAUCAAGAACUUCCUCCUCCACCAUCUCCACCUCCAAGUUCUAAUUGGGGAAAAUGGACUGCUGGAAUAGUGGUGGCAGUAGUCAUACCCUUGCUACAAUUUAAAGAAGAAGUUGAUGUGGUGAUGGAGACGGCAGAGGAAAUUAUAGAUGUGAUAGAAGUGGCGGCGGAGGCGGUGGACAUGGUGGUGGAGAAUAUCUCCGGUGAUCUUCCAGACGGUAGUAAGCUCAAGACCACCAUGGAGAAAAUUGAACAAGUGGCGGAAACAGUUGCCGGAAAAGCUCAAAAAGCCGUUGACUUCAUCGAUGAGGUUCAAGAAGCGGAGCAUAAGUUGGGACCAAUCAUCGGACCAGAAAAACAAGUAACCCAAGCGACUCCUUCGGAAGCAAGUUGAUUCUUAUUAUAGUUGACCAUAACUCUUAGUUUUUUAUUUAUAUUUUAUAGAUGAAUAUUUAUUUAUUUAUUAUUAUAUACAGUUUUUGAUAUUUAUGUCGUUAAAUGCUUUGGAAAUAAUUCCUUUGACAUCUAAACUCAAAUAAAAUAUAAGAAU